AUGACGGAACCACCGACAAAAAAAAUCAAAUUUCUACAGUUGCACAGGAGACCCCAUAACGCGCAUUCGGGCGGCUUCGCCAAGUGCUACGAGAUGACCGACCUGACCAACAACAAGGUCUACGCCGCGAAGAUCAUCCCGCACAGCCGGGUGUCGAAGCCGCACCAGAGGGAGAAGGUGCGUGGCGCGGGUUCCGCUCGGGCCGCUUGCCUCCGGGGCGACGUGUGUGCGCUUGUGCCCUUGCCCGGGAGGCCUUUCCAAGGGAUUCAGGCUUUUGUCGUUUGUCAUCCAGGGAACUUUUUUAUUAACGAGGCCAUGGAGCUGAAAGUCGGGGACUUCGGUUUGGCAGCCAGGCUGGAGCCCUUGGAACACAGGAGGAGAACAAUAUGUGGUACACCGAAUUAUCUCUCCCCCGAAGUCCUCAACAAACAAGGACACGGCUGUGAAUCCGACAUUUGGGCGUUGGGCUGUGUAAUGUAUACAAUGUUACUGGGAAGACCCCCGUUUGAAACUACGAAUCUGAAAGAAACGUACAGGUGCAUAAGAGAAGCGAGGUAUACCAUGCCCUCGUCUCUGCUGGCCCCUGCCAAGCACUUGAUCGCGAGCAUGUUGUCCAAAAACCCGGAGGACCGGCCCAGCUUGGAUGACAUCAUUCGACACGAGUUUUUUUUGCAGGGCUUCACCCCAGACAGGCUUUCUUCCAGCUGCUGCCACACGGUUCCAGACUUCCACCUGUCGAGCCCAGCGAAGAGUUUCUUUAAGAAAGCUGCUGCUGCUCUUUUUGGUGGCAAAAAAGACAAAGCAAGAUACAUUGACACACACAAUAGAGUGUCUAAAGAAGAUGAAGACAUUUACAAGCUCAGGCACGAUUUGAAGAAGACUACAAUAACGCAGCAGCCCAGCAAGCACAGGACGGAUGAGGAGCUCCCGCCCCCGCCCGCCACGGUGGCCGGAUCUGGAACGGCCGUGGUGGAGAACAGGCAGCAGGCUGGAGACGUGAUCCGGAUGAUCGUCAGAGGGACGCUUGGCAGCUGCAGCAGCAGCAGUGAGUGCCUUGAAGACAGCACCAUGGGGAGUGUUGCUGACACAGUGGCAAGAGUCCUCCGAGGGUGUCUAGAGAACAUGCCGGAAGCCGACUGCAUUCCCAAAGAGCAGCUGAGCACUUCCUUUCAGUGGGUCACCAAGUGGGUCGAUUACUCGAACAAAUACGGCUUUGGGUACCAGCUCUCAGACCACACUGUGGGUGUCCUCUUCAACAACGGUGCCCACAUGAGCCUCCUUCCAGACAAAAAGACCGUCCACUACUAUGCGGAGCUUGGCCAGUGCUCUGUCUUCACAGCAACAGAUGCCCCCGAACAGUUCAUUAGUCAAGUGACGGUGCUGAAGUACUUCUCCCAUUACAUGGAGGAGAACCUCAUGGAUGGUGGAGAUCUUCCUAGUGUUACUGAUAUUCGAAGACCUCGGCUCUACCUCCUUCAGUGGCUAAAAUCUGAUAAGGCCUUAAUGAUGCUCUUCAAUGACGGCACCUUCCAGGUGAACUUCUACCACGACCACACGAAAAUAAUCAUCUGCAGCCAGAAUGAAGAAUACCUCCUCACGUACAUCAACGAGGACCGGAUAUCCACCACGUUCAGACUGACCACCCUGCUGAUGUCGGGCUGCUCGCUGGAGCUGAAGCAUCGGAUGGAGUACGCCCUGAACAUGCUCCUGCAGAGGUGUAACUAGCGGGCUCUGGGGGCCCAGGGGCUCCUCUUCACUGAGAUGGGCAAGACGCAGGAGAGUGGUCUCCGGCACGUUGAAGAGACGGAUGUGGUGGCACGAAGACCGUUCCUCCGGCCGGCUGGACUGGCUGAGGAUGCUGUUCUUGACCUGGACAGUCGGAGAGGGAGCCAGAGUGCAGUUUUCCUUGGCGUACCUGUUUUAAAAGGUUUUUUUUGGACAAUUUCACAGAAAGGUGCAUUGACUCUUGACUUCUCUCUGUUGAGAGCAUUUCAGACAGAGGACUUGGAACUGUGAACCUACUUCCUGCAGGGGAGGAGCCGGGAGGAAGCUCCGGCAUCAUGAGCGGCUGUAAUCGGCAGCGUGUGGCUGCCCAACUGUGAACUAUGGCCAUAUGUGAUUUUUUUGGUUAAUUUUUGAAGACACUUGUGGCUGGAAAAGUGCAUUCCUUGUUAAUAAACUUUUUAUUUAUUACAGCCCAAAGAGCAGUAUUUAUUAUCAAAUGUUCUUUUUUUUUAUGUUGACCAUUUUAAACUGUUGGCAAUAAAGCAAAUGGAAAAUCAGCAA